CUGGAGGACGGCCCGAGAGCAACAAGCCUCAGGCUGUUGCUCAACGAAGCUGUCGCCUUUUAGAAAUCGGAUCUGCUUUCUGAUAAGAUCCCUUUUACUGUUCCCUUUCCACAGUCCAAGGGGAGACUCAUGUUUUGACCUACAUUGAAUCUGCGUUAACUUAGGUUAUGGAGUGGGAGGUUCUUCAGCGCACCCGGGAAGCCUUUGUGAGUGGAAGAACUCGUCCUCUCGAAUUCAGGCUGCAGCAGCUUCGGGCCCUGAAGAGGAUGAUGACUGAGAGGGAGGUUGAAAUCACCACAGCUCUCAAACAGGACAUCAACAGGAGCCAGUAUGAUGCAUCCCUUUUGGAGUUGAUUGGAAUAGAAAAUGAGAUUAACCUGGCUCUGGGAAAUCUAAAAGAGUGGGCUGCUCCUCGACUUGUGGAGAAGAAUCUCCUCACAAUCUCAGACGAGGCUUACAUCCAGUCGGAACCCCUGGGAGUGGUGCUAAUAAUUGGAGCCUGGAAUUACCCAUGGGCUGUAACGUUGAUACCUCUUGUAGGAGCGAUCGCUGCAGGCAAUGGAGCUGUGGUGAAGCCCUCAGAGAUGAGUGGUUACUCAUCUCUUCUCCUCGAAACACUGCUGCCUCUCUAUCUGGAUAAGGAUCUGUACCCAGUAGUGAUGGGUGGAGUCCCAGAGACUCAGGAAUUGUUGAAACAGAAAUUUGAUCACAUCUUCUAUACUGGAAGUAGCCUGGUUGGAAAACUGGUGAUGGGGGCUGCAGCACGACACCUCACACCGGUGACUCUGGAGUUGGGAGGGAAGAGUCCUUGCUACAUCGACAAGAAUUGUGACAUCAGCGUUGCCUGCCGUCGUAUAACAUGGGGAAAAUUUGUCAACUGUGGUCAGACUUGUAUUGCUCCAGACUACAUACUGUGUGAACCUUGUGUGCAAGGCUAUGUUGUGGAAUGCAUCCGACAAACUCUUUUGGAAUUUUAUGGCCCUGACCCCAAAUCAUCACCAGACUAUGGUCGCAUCAUUAACCAAACUCACUUCAACAGAAUUGUGGGUCUCAUGGAGGGUUAUGCACCAGUGCUUGGUGGCCAAUGCGAUGCCUCACAGCGCUAUAUUGCCCCAACCAUACUGAAGGAUGUGCCCCCUCACUCCAAGGUGAUGCAAGAAGAAAUAUUUGGUCCACUGUUGCCCAUCGUGACUGUGAGUGGCUUGGAUGAAGCCAUUCAUUUCAUCAAUGACAGAGAAAAACCUUUGGCCCUGUACAUAUUCUCCUCUGACAAGAAGGUAACAAAAAAGAUGAUUGAGGAGACCACAAGCGGAGGAGUGACCGUCAAUGACGUUAUGAUGCACUACACGCUCAUCUCACUCCCAUUUGGUGGUGUUGGUCAGAGUGGUAUGGGCUUCUAUCAUGGCAAACACUCCUUUGACCGGUUGAGCCACCAGAGGGCAUGUCUACUCCGUUCACUUGGCAUGGAAAGAAUCAAUUUAGCUCGGUACCCACCUCAGGACCGCCACCGCGCAAGCCGAGCACAGUUGGCCCUCAAGUCACCCUUGAUUGACUUAUCCAAGAAGACGUAUAUCUGGGCCAUCACUGUGACCAUCAUCGCAUUCGGGCUGCUCAUCACUUUGCUUGUCAUCCUGCUGAUUGCUGCAGGCUUGAAUUGUACCUGCUGGUACUGGAGAGGUUUUUUUAAUUAGAUAAGGCAAAAAGUCUGCCUCUUGUACUUACACACAAUUGCCAGCUUGAGCUUAUUAAAACAUUCAACAUAAACUAAUAGUAAAGAAUGGAUGCAUUUAUCUUUGAUAUACUGUAAAGGCCUUUUUCACUGAAAUAGCAAAUCAGCUUAAUUCACAAAAAUAUAACAUCUUUCUCUGCAGCCUGUACUUUCAGUAAAUGUUUGUAUUCCAGAUUGAGUGAGACAUUGAGUGAGAAAAUGUAUUUUUUAAAAAGGGAAAUGUAGGCUAUGUAUCAAAUCAUUUCAAAAUAAAACUCUUUACAUACA